GCGAGACAACAAACUGAACCGGGUAAUUUAUGGUCUACAGCAAACUAACUUCACCCCGCUUACGCGUCUGAUCGUACCUCCACCUCCACUCAAUUCCACCAAAGGAGUGCUUAAAAUUCGAAGAAAUGGAACCAGGCCUUAAACUUGCAAGCUGUGGAUUUUAACAGUAGGGGGAGAGCGCAUUCAACAAAUGGUCCACCCGUCGCCCUUUGUAGUUCAACACUUUUUCCGGGGUCCGAACUCCAAGUCCGGUAUACUAGCAGGGACCCGACCACCGCGUUAAACACGCAUUUAUUUGUAUUUAUUGGGUCAAAAGAACCAGACGGCUGUUUAGGACACUCUGCGUGAUUAGCCACGACGGCCGUUGACAGGAAUGUCUGAGGGUAGUCUUGACACCGAAUCGGGCAAGACCUCAGCUGAGGACCCUCGCAUGGAAGCCGAGGAGAGUCCACGUGUUGGUGACCCGUCACCACCACCACCGUCUCCGCCAAAUGCAGACAGUAGCGAUAGCCCAUCAGGGAACGAUGUACUCUAUGACAUUAGUAUAGACAGCGCUGAGGAUAAGUCAGUCAGCAGCAACGAGGAUGUUGUCCAGGGCGGGGAUGAGGCCCUCAGUGUAGAAAAUGGUGGCCACCCGACUGUGGACACAGCAGAGGAAUGUGAAGACAGUGGCACUCAGAGAAAGGAGGACGCCAUGGCUGAGGAAUCGCAGAGGAGCUCGGCCGCUGAGAUCGCAGUCACCAGCAACGGAGACCUGGACCAGAGCCCGGAGGAUGUGUUCUGCAGGGACUCUUUCCCAGGGAAGCCGGCGUUUGCAGACCUUCCAGAGUCUUGCGUCCCCUCCGGCAACUUUGCAUCAACGACAGAAGGGAUCAUUGAUUCGGGUCCGUAUACAGGGUCGUCGAGCCUCCCCGCGUCCCCCGUGGCUCCCUUUGCACCCAGCUCGGCUGUCGCAAGCCGCCUGGCACGCUCCUCCAGCGAGAGCCAGGCGGAGACAGAUGGUACCAACACGCAGCCAUCAAGUGGACCACUGGUCCUGUCGGACGACAUGAAGAGUCCAGCCAUGGAGAAACUAGACCUUGUCAGAAAGUGGAGCAUCAACACUUACAAAUGCACCCGUCAGAUUCUGUCGGAGAAGCUCGGCCGUGGCUCCAAGACGGUAGAUCUGGAUCUGGAGGCCCAGAUUGAUGUGCUGCGCGACAACAAGCGCAAGUACCAGAACGUCAUCAGGCUGGCGCAGACGCUGGCCGCACAGCUGGCGCAGAUCAUGCAGACGCAAAGGCAGCUCGGCGACGCCUUCGCCGACCUCAGCCUUAAGACACCCGAACUUCAUGAGGAGUUUGGUUACAACGCUGACACCCAAAAGCUAUUGUCCAAAAAUGGGGAAACGUUGCUGGGUGCCAUCACCUUCUUCAUCAGCAGCGUCAACACCCUUGUGGACAAAACCAUCGAGGACACCAUGAUCAACAUCAAGCAGUACGAGAUUGCCAGGGUGGAGUACGACGCAUACCGCACAGAUCUGGAGGAGCUGAACUUGGGCCCGCGCGACGCCAACACCCUACCCAAGAUAGAGCAGUCUCAGCAACUGUUCCAGGUGCACCGCGACAAGUACGAGAAGAUGCGCAAUGACGUCUCUGUCAAGCUCAAAUUCCUGGAGGAGAACAAGGUGAAGGUGUUGCACAACCAGCUGAUCCUCUUCCACAACGCCAUUGCUGCCUACUACUCGGGCAACCAGCAGCAGCUGGAGCAAACGCUGAAGCAGUUCCACAUCAAGUUGAAAGUGCCCGGCGGCGAGCGUCCGUCUUGGCUGGAGGAGCACUAAGGAAAUGUCUAAACUAAAAGUGAAAACUACAGGGACCCCCCAAGCCACGCUCCUCUCUCCUGUCAGGAAUGAUGGCCUUUCAAAACAAUCUUUUUUAGCAACAAAAAAGCUCGCGUCCAUGAAGAUGCUAUUUUUCAAUGGUACAAUCUUUGGGGAAAAAAUGCACUUUUGACAUUUGACAAAUCCAUUGAACUGCAGUUAAACGCAUUAAGGAAGCUGUAAAAAAAAUGCCUUUUUGUAUAACAGCGAUAUGAAUGUUGUGACCCAACAGAAUUGAAAUGGCGUUUUUUUUUUUGUUGUCAUUUUUGACUAUGAGAGACAAAUAUUAACAUUCCAUGCAAUUCUCUCACAGCCUCGGAGGCCUCUUCCUAUAGUGAUUAACACACAUUUAUGGUUCUGAGCUAAUGUAAAAAAAAAAGAUAAAAGUAGGCUAGUUAGAGGACACUUACUUCUAACCAGCACAUUUUUUCCCGAUACAUACAUUUUGUCUUGAAAGAAAACUACUCCUUGCACAGUAACAUUAUUUUGCCAGUUAACAUAUGACGCCUCUCAAACAAGGCUAUCAGUUAGCAUAGCAAAGUAGGUUUUUUUUUUUUCACAUUUCAAGAAACAAGCCCAUCUAAAACCAACUCACAAAUCCUCAAGUUUUCGACGCUAGAUGCUUUAUUUUAUUUGCAAUUGUUGGGCUUUGCCCUGCUAUGCUGACGCGAUUAACCUAACCUCACCUAACUAAACACAACUUCAGUUUUCUGUAAACCAGUUAAAUCCUUCAGAGAUGACACGUUUGACACCGCUCGAACAAAGCUAUCUGUUAGCAUAGUUUAGCAUGACAAUCAUAUCAGAAAAUGUAAAUUGCAGAUUAAAACAGACAAGCACUGCCAAAACUAAAUCUCACAAAUCAAUUUAUUUUUCUUUACACAAAGAUAGCUCACCUUUACAUUAAAGAUCUGUUUUAUGCUAAUGCAGCUAUGUUCUCAUCGCAACAGACCAAAACAUAACUCUAAUCCUCAAAUUUUAGGGACCAUAAAAUUGAAACCUCACUGUUUUUUUUUUUUUAAAUUAACUCAAGAAAACAAUCACUUACCCUUGCGCAGCUAAGCAUUGAAACACAAGGGAUGAAAUAUUAAGGCUUCUAAAGCUCACCAACCAACAUAAUUUCCUACUCAUUUGUUUGAUAUGUUUAAUCUUACAAAUGCUCUAUGUUCUGUUGACAAACUGUAUGCUAUGCUAUGGUCACGGAGCUAUGCUAUGCUAAUGUGGCAGUACUCUUGCAUCAUAAUAUACUGUAUAACAGUUGGAUUACUGUAUUCAAGACGCGUGUCAAUUGCAGUCACAUCUAUGAGCAUUUCCAACAAACCUAUUAUUGUAUGGCUACUUUCAAGCAAUUCAUCAUAGUUUGUCUAUAAUCUAAUGUCCUGACUUUUGGCGUCUUCUUUUUCAAGAAAAAAUUAAGGACUUGCUAAAUGUUUUGAUAAAAUGUGCCUUAACUUUGCUUUCUUUAUGUGCUGCAUGCUAAUUGUUAAAAAAAAAAAAAAAAAAACAACUUCACUCCAAAAUACAAACUCCUUCCGAAACAUCACCACAUGAAACACAUGUUUUGGAAUUACAGAAAGGUUACGUCUGAUAGAUUAUACAAAAAA